GGAAUCGAACCGCUGUUGCUCAGAGCUCAAACUCUUGAGCGAGCUUUUAACCAACUGAGCCACUCGGCCGGCCCCAUUCUACCCAUUUCUUAGUGGUGUCACCUGGAGCAGCCACAGCGGUGACCCCAAGUCCCUCCUCCAGGACCUGGCAGCCAGCCCUGUGCUGGAGGUCUGCCUCCUCCAAUCCGCCUGGCUGGUGACCUAGCCACUGGUCAUACUGGUGCUCAACUCUACCUCCUGCUGGGCCCUCCCUGGGCCUGAGACCCCCUCAUGCUGGGGCACCUCUGCAGUGGGUAUCUUACCCCCAGGGCAGCCCCAUGUCUGCUCUUCUGGGAGGCAAGUUGGGGAGGGGGCGGAGGCCCAUGUGAGCAAGGGCGCCUGGGAACCCCUGCGGAGGCCUGGCCACCAGCAGGGUCAGGCAGAGGAGGCCCCGCCCAUCCUGUCCCACCAACCCAACCCCUUUCUUUGGACUUUGAUCUGAAUCACACGGACUUUAUUUUGAGGCGUGGACUGUCCUGCGUUCACCACAUAAACACUACCCUUUGCUGCUGACACUUGCACCAUUCCUGAGCUCAUUUUGGACUGUUUCUUUGUAUAGUAAAUGUAAUUCAGCUCUGACCUCCAGGCUGCAUUUUAUGUGAAUUAAAAGUCUCUGGUUUUAACUGGCUGGAGGGUUGGAGGUGUGAUGCAGGGGGGUGGGUCUUUACUCUGAGAAGGUAGGUCCAGCACAGCUUUGUUGACCCCUCCGUUCCCCAUGACUGGCCGGACUGGGAGGCCUGAGCUUGGCUACAGCCGCCCCCCAUUACUGGGCAGGCUGCAUUUCAUGGUGAGCCAGGCAGGCAGCCCUCCCCAGCCUGUCCCUCCCUCUGUGGUAGGGAAGCAGAUGCUGGCAGACCACUUGCUCUCUGCUGCCCCCAAACGCUAGAACCUGGGAUUCUGAACCCUUGCUGAUGACUGGCGGGGCCUAAGAGCUGAGCUCCUUGUUGCCUGAGAGGGUGGUGCACAUGGAGCCAGGAGUGCAGCGUGGGACCAGGGGUGGGCCAUGCCCUGAGACUUACUCCAGCCUUGGGGACCAGGGCCCAGGGGUGUGGUGAACGCCCUGGAGGUCAGCAGGGAUGGGGGGGACAAUGCUCUGAAUGCGACACUCAGUGGCCCCACACUCAGACCACACUUUUGCCUGCAGCUUUUAGGAGGGUCUUGGGCCUUGAGCCCCGUCUGGUCUGGCCCAGUGCCCCCCCCCCGCACACCCAUGGUCCUCUCGCAGGGCAGACCAGUGGCAUCCUCCAAACCUGGGACGCCUCUCUGUCUCAUUUUGACCAGACCAGGCUCUUAUUACCCGGCCUCCUGGGUCAGAAGGUCAGACACAGGGUCACGGGAUGUUUUCCAUCCAGUCUCAGCAGAUGCUCCUGGGGCCCCAAGGAAGGGUUUGUAAGGGCGGAUUCUGGCAGCCCCUGCGUUUGAUCUCCCUUCCCCCUCCUUCCCAGUCCUGAACCAGGGCUGGGAGGGUCCGCCAGACGGCUUUGAUCCCCCGAGCCCAGGGCCUGGAGGGAGGAGGGGCUCCGGUUACAGUGUCCCCUCCCCUCCCCUCUCCGGCCAGAGCCGGCCGGCCCUUCUCCGCCCCUCCGUAACCCUCGUGGCCAGUGUCUCCUUGCUCCUGGGCCUCAGCCCCUCCCGAGCCCUGCCCCCCCUCCCUGCUCCCUGCCCUACGCUGACCAUAGAGGGGCCAGACUGGGAAGAGGCCGCGCCAGAGCUGAGAGAGACCUGGAACCCACCCAGCCCUCCACACACGGGUGUUGAAACAAGCAUCUGCUGUGGGCUCAGACCUUGGGGGCCAAAGGGAAGCCAGGAGGACCAGCCCGAGGGCAGGGGCACCGACUAAGGCCUGGAAGGGUGGAUGCCUGCAGGGAGCUGGGCUCGCUGGGGCCUGAGGGGCUGGCGGCCACACACCCCCGCCCCCUGGCCCAGUGGUCCCCAUGUCGGCCCAGAGGCUGCUCCUGCCGCUACUCCUCAUGGUUGGGCUAAUCUUGGGGGCCAGCCUGCCGCAGGGACCUGGGAGCCACCCGGGGGUGUGCCCCAACCAGCUCAGCCCCAACCUGUGGGUGGACGCCCAGAGCACCUGUGAGCGUGAGUGCGUCGGGGACCAGGACUGCGUGGCCGCUGAAAAGUGCUGCACCAAUGUGUGCGGGCUGCAGAGCUGCGUGGCUGCCCGCUUCCCUGAUGGUGGCCUGGCUGUGCCCACACUGGUGGCCUCGUGCGAGGGCUUCACAUGCCCGCAGCAGGGCUCUGACUGUGACAUCUGGGAUGGGCAGCCUGUGUGCCGCUGCCGUGACCGCUGUGAGAAGGAGCCCAGCUUCACCUGCGCCUCCGACGGCCUUACAUACUAUAAUCGCUGCUACAUGGACGCCGAGGCCUGUUUGCGUGGCCUCCACCUGCACGUUGUGCCCUGCAAACAUAUCCUCAGCUGGCCACCCAGCAGCCCAGGGCCACCCGAGACCACCGCCCGCCCGACGCCUGGGGACGCCCCGGUGCCACCAGCCCUCUACAGUAGCCCUUCCCCCCAGGUUGUGUAUGUGGGGGGCACUGCCAGCCUCCACUGCGAUGUCAGUGGUCGCCCGCCACCCGCUGUGACUUGGGAGAAGCAGAGUGACCAGCGGGAGAACCUGAUCAUGAGGCCAGACCAGAUGUACGGCAACGUGGUAGUAACCAGCAUAGGGCAGUUGGUGCUUUAUAACGCCCGGCCUGAGGAUGCGGGCCUGUACACCUGCACCGCACGCAAUGCUGCCGGCCUGCUGCGGGCCGACUUUCCACUCUCCGUGGUCCAGCGUGAGCCAGCCAGGGACAAGGCCCCCAGUGCCCCCACCCUGGCUGAGUGCCUGGCCAACACACAGGCCUGUGCCAGCCCCACCUCCAGCCGUGUUCUCUGGCACUUUGACCCACAGCGGGGCAGCUGCAUGACCUUCCCAGUUGGCAGCUGUGACGGGGGCACCUGGGGGUUUGAAACCUAUGAGGCGUGCCAGCAGGCCUGUGCCCGUGGCCCCGGGGACACCUGUGUGCUGCCAGCCGUGCAGGGCCCCUGCCAGGGCUGGGAGCCACGCUGGGCCUACAGCCCCCUGCUGCAGCAGUGCCACCCCUUUGUGUACGGUGGCUGUGAAGGCAACAGCAACAACUUCGAGAGCCGAGAGAGCUGUGAGGAUGCCUGCCCUGUGCCGCGCACGCCGCCCUGCAGGGCCUGCCGCCUCAGGAGCAAGCUGGCACUGAGCCUGUGCCGCAGCGACUUCGCCAUCGUGGGCCGGCUCACCGAGGUGCUGGAUGAGCCUGAGGCAGGCGGCAGCAGCAUCGCCCGCGUGGCCCUAGACGACGUGCUCAAGGACGACAAGAUGGGCCUCAGGUUCUUGGGCACCAAGUACCUAGAGGUGACGCUGAGCGGUAUGGACUGGGCCUGCCCCUGCCCCAAUGUGACAGCCGGGGACGGCCCACUGGUCAUCAUGGGUGAGGUGCGAGACGGGGUGGCCGUCCUGGAUGCUGGAAGCUACGUCCGCACUGCCAGCGAGAAGCGCAUCAAGAAGAUCUCAGAGCUCCUGGAGAAGAAGGCCUGCGAGCUGCUCAACCGCUUCCAGGACUAGCCCUGCCCACCCGGUGCUCUGCCUGCCCCUGCCCUACCAUGCCUCCAAAUAAAAUUGGUUCCCAGGAGGGACCUUGUGGCCUGCUGAUGCUGAGCCUCCCAGGGGUACUACCCUUUCCCCACCCAGCCUGUAAUUCAGCUAGGGUCCUGCCACCACUCUGGGGCUUUGUCUCCCAUCCUAGGUCACCAGGGAGCACCAGUUUCCCACUGGGGAGCCUCCUGUCUCCCUGCAGGAGGCCCAGAAGUGGGUGCCACCUCCCAUGGUGGAGGUCCAUGCAGCCAGCUCAGUCCUGCCUCAGCAGUCCCUGGGUCCUCUUCCUUCUGUGCUGCCCAAGCAAAGCAGCAAGGUCCAGGAUGUCCCCAAGUCCUGGCCCCACAGGCCAGACCCUUC